AGUCUCCAGACCCGAAGCGCCGAGCCUGGUCGUGAAUAGCACAGAUAAGCAGUUCGAAGCAGUAUGAAUACACAUGGUCUACUAUUGCUCAAAGCUGAUGUAUCGACAGCUGCUGCGUUCACGAAACGUCAAUGGUAUUUGCCACUUGCCCAACGAGAAUUGGGACAAGACUCUGGUGGCCCGCCGCCGCACGCUCACACACGCGGCGCGCAUCACCGAGACGCCUGAUGGGCAGAAAGCCAUUGUUCCAUGCAAAACCUGCGCCCACAACGGCACCGAGUGCCUCGUAUACACGGCCGAUGCUGCUGAGAAAUUCAUCAGGUCCUAUCCUAGCAAUCAUUGGUACAAAAAAAAUACCAUUUUAUUUCGGAAAGCAGCUGUCGACAAAUGUGCUGCGUGUUUCAUCGGCGACGGCAAGUCCGCUUACACGACAAGGAAUGCAAAGCUUGAGGCCGAGCCUGUCGGCGACAAUGUCAAUUAAACCCGCGAAGGCGAGGGAAUUUUCUCGGACUGGUCACACGGAUAUCUAUAUAGGCCGAUCGCAGUGUAUUGCUGGAGUACUGAACAGCCCCGGAUUCAUGAUCUUCCCGACAAGUUCGAAUCUCCUUGUCGACUUCUCAUUGCUCGUUUGCACCUCCUGGAACCUCCUAAGACUCAGCCUCGGGUAUUUUGUUUGUCUCGGCUUCGUAGAGCUGUUGUUCGUUUUCUUUGAACGAACGUCCGCCACGAUCAGAAUCGAUCUACUUGUUGAUCAAGAUAAGUAGUGGGAUCCGUAAAGGAGCGCUUACUAUGAGGGUCAAUUUGUUUCCCUCAAAUAGACGUAAGCGCAUGUCUCAUUGAGCUCUCAAGUGUCGCUUAUGUCGGGUAUGAUGAAACAUGAUAGUCAGGGACAUAAUAGCACAAAUUCAUGAAAUUCAUUUCUAUCAUGUUCAUCUAUCUAACGCAAGCAGCGAUGCCCACUGCGCGGCUCUCGCCGUCGCCAUCCUGCAGAUUUAUCAUAAAACGAAAAAUGC